AUGACAGCAAAUGGAGAACUCUUCAUCACCAGCCAUGGCUGCAACUUUGCCAAGAAGCUUCAUCGAGCCAUGUCUGAUCUCUCGUUGGAGCUUGACAGAGAUGCAGCAGAAGGCCAUGGAGACAUUUUGCCGGUGAUUUCAGAGCUGAUCAUAGAGGAUAUCACCUGUGAGUGUUGUGGCAUAUCAGAAGAGUGUACGCCGGAGUAUAUCCGGCGAAUCCGAGACAAGUUCUCCGGCAAGUGGAUCUGCGGCCUCUGCUCCGAUGCGGUCGAGGAAGAGAAGAGGAAGAAGAAGAAGAUGGAAGGGAAGCAGGAGGAAGCAGAAGCUUUGGAUUCACACAUGAGCUCUUGUUCAAGAUUCAACCGCAUAGAAAGGACUCAUCCUGUGUUUUAUCAGGCAGAGGCCAUGAGAGAGAUUUUGAGGAAGAGGAAGAAGAAAGGAGGGAUAUUGAGGACUUCAAGUUGUAUUCCGGUGAUUCGAGAGGAGGGUGGUGGUGGGAGAGGAGGUUUCCGAUGA